UGAUGAUUGACAUCCACCUCAUAAGGUCGAAUAGCCUCGGGGUUAGGCUCAUCGCUUCUUCUUCUACCUAGUAAUGGCUGCUUCUGGCUCUCAUGUGGAUACUCCUCCGGGAACGCCAUUCACGACCAGCGAAACUCGAUUCAGCACCACUUCAACUAAACGGUUCCGCGAGUCCACUCACCUCAUCCCGACGCCGAGUUCGGGUAAAGAUCGACCCAAGAAUUACGAAGGACUCUAUCUACCUGUGGCUACCGGUGGCUGUUGGAACUCCCGUCCUGAUGCUGCUCUUGGGAAUCGCGCUGGAAGUUGGGUGAGUAGCAGCUUCGGGGCAACGGAAUCGUCUUGGGAUGGAAGUUGGUUCUGCAUGAGAUCUGUCUGUCUGGAACGACGAUAUUCACUCAAACCAGCGUUAUACACAUAUCAUCUAGAAAUGGCGGCUUCUCGGUCCCCAAGAAAAAUGUUCUCACUAGUGUUUCACCACAAUUUCUACUCUCUUUUGUCCCCAGUUUGCACGUUCGUGAUACCUGUUGGUUACUUCUGGCGAAACUUGGAUUGGACGAUCCGCUGGUAUCAACCUUACGUCAAUCUAUUGCGAGGCAACGCGACCGUGGAGGAGAGCAUCCAGAUGGACUACACAGCGCUCGGGACCGCCUCCAGUGUCCUUGCGGCCUUGAAGUUUAACCACAGAGUUAUCUUUUGGUCGUCAAUGCUCGCUGCCUCGACAUAUAUCUACGCAUCUCUGGCUGGUGCCAUUUUCCAGAUCCACACGGGGGUUCUCAUCACAUAUACCCAAGCUCAAAGUACACGCAGCCUAGGCCUCGAUCCGGACGUGGCCCAAUUGAACGCAUUUGCAGCUGCAGCUGGCUUUGUGCAGGCAGCAGUGUUCAAUGAUCUCGGCGAUCCCCCUUUUGUCUCGAAAGGGUGGUCCACUGCCCAGUUUGUUUUUCCGAGAGAUAUUGGACUGAAUGGUUCUAUGACUGUGAACACGACCGCCAUCCGUAGCAACCCCAAUUGCACUAAUCCCACCUCCACACCUGUCGUGACUGUUAUCAACAGUACAAGCUCCACAAUCUCAGCAACUUCACUGACGGGUUGCACACAAACUGUUACGAUCGCCACAAAUGUCUCUGAUUUGCAAUACAGUGUUGCACCAGCCCCGUGCGGAAGCUCAAAGAAUACGGACGAACAAUUCCAGCCGAUCGUGUUCUGGUUCUUCCAGAAUCAGUCAAGCAGCAACAAGGCCCGAGCGGUCUUCUGUGAUCCCAGUAUGGACCUCUUCUAUGUCCACGCGACUGCAGAUCUGGCGAGCGGGAAUCUCACUGGCGUCGUCCCCGCCUCAGACUAUCUCGUAGCAAACAAUGUCACGGGCCCGCCCAUUAACGGGGUCCCAUAUAACGCCGUCAUCUUCCGCCCCAAUGUGGAUCCGUUCAUCCAAGCUCGAGCAACGGCAACUCGUGUGGGAGUGCCCGGUGCGAUAUUCCGAUCUGCUCUUCAAAGUGCAAAUGGAUUGCAAGCAAUAUUCGGCGAGCCAAACGGGUUUUUAGACAUUGCCAGCAAUGUUUAUAGACAACAUCUCGCAGUCACAGCCAAAUCCAUCUAUUUCGUGAACCAGAACCAGACACUGUCUUCCACGCAGUCAGAGAUAGUUCCCAGACUCAUCAUCGAUUCUCUUCCCGGCCACUUUCUCGCCUUCCUCCUAUUCUUUGCAGGCUUCUUGGGUAUAUUCUUGCAGCUCAUCCACCGACGUCAAAGAAGGAAUCUUUUUUUGGCUUCCCCACCCGGUUCCAUUGCUACCGCCGUUGCUCUCACCAACCGCUCGGGCUGGGGUGAAUUGCUUCUACCAUACGACAGCCCCGAAGUGAUAGAGAAGAAGCUGCACGGUCUCCGAUUCAGACUCGACAAGCGGACGGGAGCGAUCGUGGCUGAUGACUACGGGACCAGCUUUGAUGACGAUGCCGCACCCCGCGGGCCUGAUGAUGCCAUGAUGUCACUUUUGGGCAAGCACCAGGGCUUGCAGUCCUCGACAGCAUUCGCACAGGAGGCUGCAUUGGAGGCCUCAGGAUAUCCGCAUGAAACAUACAAGACACCUUACGACCAUUAAUCUGAUCAUUCUCGGACUAGGAUUCACGGACCUUCGUACACUCUCAUGUCCAUGUCAUUGUACCUCUUGCAUUCCUGUCAAUAGUACUUAAUCGCCCCGUAACCCAGUGGAUACUACUUGGAACGUCUGGAUAUGCACGGGAUUUGCCGACGCUCAUCAAUCAACAGCCAAUAACAGAAUGAGACCAGUCCAACCUUGUCCCUUUCUCUUGUGUCUCAACCAUGCGUGAAAUCGUCCACCUUCAAACUGGCCAGUGCGGAAACCAGAUCGGUUCCAAGUUCUGGGAAGUCCUUUCGGACGAACACAGUAUCGGUGGCGAUGGUCUCUACAGCGGUGACAACGACCUCCUGCUGGAGCGAAUCUCAGUUUACUACAAUGAAGUCGGGGGGAACAAGUACGUCCCGCGCGCGGUUCUGAUCGACCUCGAACCGGGAACAAUGGACUCCGUGCGGUCUGGCCCUCUGGGCAAUCUCUUCCGUCCAGACAACUUCGUGUUUGGUCAAAAUGGUGCAGGAAACAACUGGGCGAAAGGACACUACACAGAGGGCGCUGAGCUCGUCGAUGCCGUGUUGGACGUUGUCCGAAAGGAGGCGGAGGGAACUGACUGUCUUCAGGGAUUCCAAAUCACCCACUCUCUCGGUGGUGGAACCGGUUCUGGAAUGGGAACGCUUUUGAUAUCCAAAGUUCGCGAGGAGUACCCCGACCGAAUGAUGUGCACAUACUCUGUUGUGCCCAGUCCCAAAGUGUCGGACACAGUCGUCGAGCCGUACAACGCUACCCUGUCUGUUCAUCAACUCGUCGAGAAUUCUGACGAGACCUUCUGCAUCGAUAACGAAGCUCUAUAUGAUAUCUGCUUCCGCACGCUCAAGCUCUCGACACCCACAUACGGGGACUUGAACCACCUUGUGUCGUGUGUGAUGUCUGGUAUUACCACUUGCCUGCGGUUCCCUGGUCAGCUCAACUCUGAUCUGCGCAAGCUUGCCGUCAACAUGGUCCCCUUCCCUCGUCUUCACUUCUUCAUGACCGGCUUCGCACCUUUGACGGCACGCACUAGCGCUCAAUACCGAGCGGUGAGCAUUCCUGAGCUCACCGCCCAGAUGUUCGACGCAAAGAACAUGAUGGCAGCUUGUGACCCACGGCACGGUCGCUACCUGACCGUCGCUGCUGUCUUCCGUGGCAAGGUUGCGAUGAAGGAAGUGGAGGAGCAGAUGCAAAAUGUCCAGAACAAGAACUCCGCGUAUUUCGUCGAGUGGAUUCCCAACAACGUUCUCAGUGCCCACUGUGACAUUCCCCCGCGCGGCUUCAAGAUGGCGGUUACAUUCAUCGGCAACACUACGAGUAUUCAAGAACUAUUCAAGCGUGUCAGCGACCAGUUCACAGCCAUGUUCAAGCGCAAGGCCUUCCUGCACUGGUACACUCAGGAGGGUAUGGAUGAGAUGGAGUUCACCGAAGCCGAGUCCAACAUGCAGGAUCUUGUUGCCGAGUACCAGCAGUACCAAGAUGCAACCAUCGAGGAAGACCUCGAGUACGAAGAGGAGGUCCCCGAGGAAUAGAUAUCAGACUUUGCAACUUUUCUCUUUUCGACUUACACCAGUGGUUUUCUUGUUGCACGCUUCCAUGCGCCGCCAUUGUCCAGCUCGCCGUUCCGUCAAGAAUACAUUACGACUCGUCACGCACAUUCGUUUAUUGUAAAAUUUAUAGCUUCCCUAGUCUUUCCCGGUUACUCUACAUCUCAUGCCAAUCAACAUUGGAACAUCUGUCGCAGAUGCUGACAAA